UGGAUACAGUGUUUGACGGGAUGAGGAAGUAGCUAGCAAGUCAACACGUCUGCAGGGCUGACACUAAUAGUACCUACUGUUUUUCAACUUCAUAGACACAUCUUAUACAAUUGCUGUGGUUGAAUACAUUUAGAAAGGUUUGUUAUUGAAUGAUUUCCUUCAGUAAUGGAGGAUGAUGGACUGAAGGAUAGCUUGAGGCUACAGUUCCAGGCCCUUCAAGAACAACAAGAGAAACGUCUCCAGACAAGAUUAGAGCAACUGAAACAAAAGGAGUUGGAGAAGACCCCCAACGGUUCCUCUGUGCUCCUCCAAGUCCAGGAUGACUUGAAUCUUGCAGGGCAAGAUAAUGCAGCAGAAACAGUUAGUGAAAAACUGUUACAGAAUGAAAAUGAACAGUUGCAGGUACAAUUGAGAGAAUUAAGAGAUGAAAAUGGCCGCCUCUUCAAACUUCUAAGUGAGAAAGAAUUUGAAUUAAAACACCUGAAGAAGAAGAGGGAGGAAGACAGGCUGGCUCUUGCAGGAACCUCUGGCAUGGCAGGUGAUGUAGCAGCCACUAAGAUUGUGGAACUUUCAAAGAGAAAUCGAGAGUUACGUGCUGAGAUUGAACAGGAAAAGGUUAGGUCAAAGCAAUCAAGCAACAGAGUGAAAGAACUUGAGAAAGAGGUUGCUUUGUCACUUAAUCCUCUGGGACAAAAGACAGAUCUGAAAACAAAGGAUCUGCAGUCUGCAGAUGAUUUUCCAGAGAACAGUGCAAUGGUGAAAUCACUUCAAGAAAAAUUCUCCGCUGCCCAAUUCAAGAUGACAGAAUACCGCAACCAGAUUCAGGCUGUCAAACAGGAAUUGAAAAUAGCUCAGAAGGUGAUAAUGAAUGAGGUGGGGGAGGAGGUCAACAUCCAGCAACUACUUAGCAGCCAAGGGAAUUGGAGGGGCCGCUCUCAGCAGAUACUGGCCCUCCAGAAUAGGGUGCGGGACUUGGAGCAGCAGUUGAACCAGUCAGCUCAGCGGAAGCAGCCCAGUAUCUUGAGGGUUGAAGAGGAGCUACUAGGGGUCCUCCCAAAAAACCCACCCCAGGAGAGAAACAUCAGCCAUAUCCGAUCCAUGGAGAGAGAGAAGAGAGAAACGCUAGAGAGGCUAACAGGGGUGUACGAGUCUCUCUUGAAAGACCACGAGGAUGUCAAAAAGAAGCUGGAAGGCUCUAAGGCCAGAAACAAAGCUCUGACCACCGAGGUGAAGUCCUUGAAGAUGCAGAUCUCCACCCUUCUGGACAAGGGGAAACACGACAAUGAGCUUGUGGAUGCCUUACUGAGGCAGCAGAGUCAGCUGCAGGGCGUAUUGACCCGGCUCAGCCAGCAGGACGCACAGAGCAAGGAGAGCCAGCAGACCCUGGGGCAGCAGCUGAUCAGCGAGGCCCAGAGGCACAGCUCCCUCAUCCAGCAGCUCAAACAGAUGGUCUCCGAGAGGGAGGCCAAAGUCAAAGAACUGGAGGAGGAGAUCGAGCAGCUCUCCCUCAAGAGAGAGAAUGGCAGUCAGUCAAGCUCCAAGUCUGCCAUUUGCAGCUCCAAGCCUUCGACAGCAGGGGGCGACAGUAGCAAGAGAUUAAGCUCUGCACGUUCUCUUUCCAAACUUGGACAUAAACUGGUGGAGUCGAGCUUACUGGUGGACACCGGAGACUCUGAGCCUCCCCUCAGUAGUCAGGCCGACUCAGUGAAGUCCCUGAUGGACCAGUGUAUGGAGUAUAAAACCCUGUACCAGGCCGUCAGUGUGGAGAGAGAUCGACUUCUAGAACUAGUUAAGGUCCAGCAAAUCAGGGAGGAAGAGGUGAAGCGCAGGUGCUCCGAGGCGGAGCAGAGGUACCAGGGCGAGCGUCGCAGGGCCGUGAUCCUGGAGCAGCAGCUGGAUAAGGCUAAGCUGGACCUCGGCAAAGGGUCGACUCCGCGUAAAUCGAGCAACAAGAACUGGGGCGGAACGUCCUCCAGCCUGACAGUGCUCUCUGGGAGAGUGGACGAGUUAUUCCCUCUGAGCCCUCAAGGCCCAGCCAGGGACUCUCAAAUAAGUGAACUAAGUACCCAGCUGGCUAUUCAGCUGGAGGAGACGGAGGCACUGAAGGCAGCGCUGAAGAGCACUCUCCAGGCCAAAGAGGAGGACCUGCAGCUCUAUAAUGACAUGAUGAGCCAAGUCAAGCAUGUAUUCCUGCAGGCUCUGCGACAGCACAAGCAGGAUACUAACCAGGGGAGUUAACAGAGCCGGGUCCUGUUGGACUUCACGUCUGACAGCAGCCUUCCUACUCCUGUCACUUGUGCUUCAAGGAAGGACAUCUUGAGCGAAACAGGCCUGUCCGUGUCAACAUUGCACAAUGUCACAACUGAUUCAGUGGACCCUUCAUACUCUCAGUCCUUCCAACUAGAAGACUGCUCGGUCUUAAGGCCCCCUCUUGCGAAUAUAAGUAGACCAAUCAAACCAACAGGAUAUGGGGUGGCACAGCUUAUCACCAGCUGCACCGAAGGCAGCAGAGAAGCGCUCUGACUGUUGAUUGUGGAAAAGGUCGGCGCUGAUAGAAUGUCUUAAGAAGUGCUCUGUGUCAUUGUCUGUUCUAAAUGUCAUUGACAUACCAAUUUAAGAGGAGUUAGUGUCUCCCUUCUGAUAUAUAUAUCUAUAUAGAAAGCAUAUAUAUGAUGCUCAUGCAUCAUGCUAAUAUGUUGUGCAACUGGUUAUAUAACGGUUGGAAAAAUGUAUCCUAUUUUAUGAAUGAAAUUAAACUGUUAACUUUUUGUUUUACUCACUGCUGUAGAUUUGACUAUAUGAUACAUUUUGAAUAAAUCCUUAUUUG